CAUAUUUUUAUAAAAUAGUAUUUUAUUCCUUAUCCAUACACUUUCUUCCUACAAUUGAAUUAAUUUAAACUAUAUAUGAAUUAAAAUAAGUUAGUUUGCGGAACCAAAGUGAGAAAUUUGUCUGUUUAUUAUCGUAUAUUGAUUUUUAAAAUUCAAUUAAUUUUGCAAUAUUUGUGCGCAGUUGCAUGAUUAAUCAUCUCAUUGCGAAAACCCCAAUAUUUGUAUUUCGUUAGAUCAUACAGUACAGUUACGCGCCGCGCUUUUGGCCACCCGCCACCCGCAUCAGGUGUUCUCUGCAUCUGCUCAAAUGCAGUAGACUGUACUGUACGUAGCGUCAGUCAUAGCAUAUAUAUAUAUACGUGUAUCUAUAUAGACGUGCUUGUGAAAAAGAUAAUAAAAAGAUGAAGACAGUAAGUAUAUAUAGAGUGACAUAGGAAUAUCCUCCGUAUGUUACAAAUACUGUCUUUCAAAACACCUUGAAAUCACACAAGCGUCAACACAUUUCUAACCUCGUCAUUCGAAAAAUGCUUUAGAACUCUGGAUUCUUCAAAAUUUCAUAAAAUCCAAAAUUAUUUAAUUCACCACAGAAAAAAUUGGAACGAGUAGAACGACGCAAUAUUUCGUUUGUUUAGACAAUGGCUGCGGGAGGAGGAUAUGCAAAUUUCACUUAUCUGAGGACCAGACGAGGUAAUCGUGGGUCGAGAAAACCUCAAACUCAAAACAGCGAUCAGGAAACUCCUGAGAGUUCAUUGAUCCCAAAGAUCCUGAUCAAGAAGAGGCCACCACGAAGGCCUAAAUUAGAGAAUGGGGCUGAUGCACCGAUUGGAAUGAUUGCUCAGGUCGUUGAGGGUAGCGUAGAAGUUUUACAGACCAUUGAAGACAAUGCAGUUCAAUGUACAGAGAUUAUUGCACAAAAUUCCCAGAUUGAACAAGAGAUCAAACAGACUGGAGAGCAGAUGUCAACACUGCAGUUGAGCGAAGAAUCACUUGUCAGCGAUAAAAAUUCAAGUUCUCUCUCGACACCAGAAAAAGGACCUUUUAUAAGAGAAUGGGAGAAAGGUGAAAAAAGGGUAAGAAAACCCAGGACACGGCAGAAAAAUAUAAAUGGCAUAAUAAAUCAUGAAAAUGAAAAGCCUAAUGCCAUUGAAGAACCAAGUACAAGUAGUUGUGCAAAUGUCAAUCAUGUAAGUAAGAGGAAAGAAAAAGAAGAGAAGCAAAAGCAGAAACAAAUUGAGAAGAGAAUAAAAAAUAAAGUUAAAAAAUCUACUGCCAAUGACAAUAAUUAUCCAAGAGGACAAGGGGAUAAAGGUGGAAGCAUUGAGGAAGAGAAAAUAUUGAAGGAAAAGAGAAAAAGAGAGAAAAAAGUGUUCAACGAGCAUUUGCCCAGUGAAGUGGUGAAACAACUUUUAGCUUUUCAAGAUCCUGAAAAUCCAAAUGUGAUUGAUGGACAUAUUCGUAUAAACCCUAGAUGUUAUCAAAAUGCUUAUGUUUCUUUAGCUACUGGUGACCAAGAUUUAUUGAUUGUUGGUUUGAAAGAUCGUAAUAGAGCUCUUGAAGGUGAUUUGGUUGCUGUCAUUAUCAAUCCUAAAGAUAAGUGGUUCCGGUUAACUGAAACUACUUGGCAGAGGACAGGAACCGUUUUGAGUAUUUUAGAGAAAGCCCAUCCAAGAAAAGCUGUAGGAUACCUAAAAAAACAAGACGUUUUUGUCUUUCUUCAACCUAGAGAUUCAAGAGUGCCACAGUUGAGAAUCAAUCCAAAAACAGUUCCUAAACAUUUUUAUGAUAAUCCGGACCAAUUUAAGGAGACAUUAUUUUUAUGUGAUAUUGUUGACUGGAAAAAAGUAGCUUUUGCUGAAGGAGAAAUCGUGCAGAUUGUGGGAAGCAAAGGAGAUUUGAGUGUCGAGACGAAGGCAAUAUUGCUUGAAAAUGAUUUAAUUUUGACACCAUACGAAGACGAAUUAUUGCAAGAUCUCCCACCUUCAGAUUACAUUCCAACUGAAGCAGAUCUAGCAGAUAGAGAAGAUUUACGGGAAACAUGCAUUUUUACAAUUGAUCCUGCCACUGCUGUAGAUUUAGACGACGCUAUGUCCUGCAAACUCCUCGAAAAUGGAAAUUUCGAGGUUGGAAUUCACAUAGCCGACGUAACACAUUUCUUAGAAGCAUUCUCACCCUUGGACAAAAAAGUAGCAGAGCGAGCUACUACAGUGUACAUGGUUGACAAUGUUUAUCAUAUGCUGCCGAAACAAUUAUGCUUAGCUUGUUCGUUACUGCCAGGACAAGAUAAAUUGGCCUUCUCUGUUAUUCUAGAGAUGACUCCAAGCGCCGAAAUCGUCAGUUCUCGUUUCGCGAAAACUGUGAUAAAUUCUUGCUGUCAGAUGGCUUACGGACAGGCUCAGAUAAUGAUUGACGAUGAGUCGUACGACUGGGAAAAAGACGGCAGCUUAACAAUAGCUGGAAACUACAAACCAUCCGAUUUGGUUAAAGUAGUGAGAAAUCUUUACAACAUAUCUAUGGAGUUGAAAAGGAAAAGGUUCGACGAGGGUGCGUUGAGAAUCGAUCAGCCAAAAUUGAUAGUAUUUUUGGACAAAGAUACGCGACUGCCCUCUUCUUAUAAACUUGAAGAGAGAAUAGAAAGUAAUAGUCUUAUAGAAGAAUUCAUGUUGCUGGCAAAUAUGACAGUGGCUAAAUACCUCUACGAAACGUUGCCAGAGGUGUCUCUCUUACGUUCGCAUCCGGAGCCAUCGAUGCGAAUACUUCAGAAAACGCGCAACUUACUUAAGAAAUUCGGAGUCCAUUUGGACGUCGAAUCUGCCGGUACAUUGCACAAAACCCUUAGCAAGUAUCAAGUCAACUUGAAUGAUAGCGGGAACGACGGAAGCUUGGACGUGGCUUAUUACAAUAUGAUGGUGAUAAACAGCCUUUGUGCUAAAUCCAUGACGCGUGCAGUGUACAAAUGUUCAGCAUCGGUCAAAACAAAAGAAGCUUUGAGGCAUUAUGCGCUGAAUGCCGAAUAUUACACACACUUCACCUCUCCGAUAAGGAGAUAUCCUGACUGCGUGGUGCAUCGUCUGCUCUACGCAUCUAUAAAGAAUCAGCCUCUUCCAUCUGAAUGGUCUUCCAAAAUUUGCGCUCGAGUUGCGACGAACUGCAACACGAAAAAAUACUUGGCAAAGAUGGCCCAAGAGCAGAGCAACGCUCUGUACUUCACGUACAUGUUGGACCUGCGGGGCUCGAUGAACGCUCUAGCCAUUGUGAUGGAUGUAAAGGAGAGAUCGGCCGAUGCAAUGCUUUGUGACACAGGUCUAAAGGUUCGACUUUACUUCUCCGAUACGAUUGAGGAGACCACGACCGAGUUCACAACAAAUGAUGAAGUACCGACUGUCAAGUUAACAUGGAAAGAGCGCCAGGUUGACCAGGUCAUAAAUAUCUUUACUAUUCUUCCUGUAAAAAUAACAAAGCACCCACAGCUGUUCAGACUGCAAGGAAUUAUACUACCUCCAGUAAAAAUGGAACAAGAUUGAAUAUUGUACAUAAAUAUAUACAGUAUAUGUACAUUUUAUUUAAUGUCGGUUGAUUUAUACCGAGCAAUAAUUUAUUUGUCAAUAGAAAUUUCCUGAAAUAGGAUGCUAGUAAAUCAAUUAUAUCGAAAAUUUUAUGCAUGAAAAUUUAUUUAUAGAGAAGUUUUAUCGAUUUACAUACUAGCGAAAUUUACGAUACAUAGAACAAAUCAUUCAGUAUUUGCUGUUAAUAAUCAGUAUAGUAGAGCUAAUUUAUAAAUAAAUAACUUUUUUUUUAUGUAAAUAAACUUUUGUGACAGAAAACCUUUGUAAGUUUAUUUUAAACCAUUUAAAAUCAUGGUAAUAAUGCGUUUAUAUUUAUUUUAUAUUAGUCUUUUUUACAUACUCACAUUCUCGCGCUCAUACACACAUCGAGGAAAAACUUUUAUAUUAAUUUACUAUCGUUACUUUAACUUUGAAAAUUGGUGACAACGAUAGGUAUACCGCUACAUGUACAUACUCUUACGAAUGAUUCGCUUUCAUAUCAUCAGUAUAUAAAAAUACCAUUCAUAUGCAUAUCUAACUUCUUUUUACAAUAUACAGACCUUUACUUUCACUACUUAUUGAUAAGUUUAAAAUUUUAGCAAAUUUUUCCUGUUAAUAGAGAUAUGGAUUAAAUGAGUUGAAAGUGAAUAAA